ACAGAAUAUAGAUAAGCCUCGAAGCUUUUCAGAAAGUAGAGAAUGGCCUCUGCUUCCACGACUCUUCGCAUUUCCAUUACACUCCGCUGUUCAACCAACGACCAUCAUCUCCUUGUGGGUCAGCCCAGAAACAGAAGCAACGUUGCGUUGCCACUUCACUCUUCGUCCUCUCGUCCCUCUUCCUCCGUUCUCACUUUCUCCCGCCGUCGAAGCAAUAGCGCCAAUUCUGCUAUCACUUCUUCCAAGAAAAAGAAUAAGAGUUCACCUAAGAAAGAUACUGAGGAAGAUGGUGAUAUAGAUGAAGAUGCUUUUGAGGCACUCUUUCAGCUGCUGGAGGAAGAUCUGAAAAAUGAUGACCUGUCUCUGAAUGAUGAUGAUAUAAGUGAGGAGGACCUCGCGAAGUUGGAACGUGAACUGGAGGAGGCACUGAAGGAUGAUGAACUACUAGGAGAAAUUGCCUUAAUUGCCAAUGAGAAAAUUGAGAGUGAGGAUGAAGAUGAAGAUGAAGAUGAAGAAGUAGUAGCAGAUGAUGAUAAUGAGGAUGAUAAAGAUGAAGAAUUGCCAGUGAAAUUAAAAAAUUGGCAACUUAAGAAACUGGGCUAUGCCUUGAGAAAGGGACGGCGUAAGACAAAUAUAAAAAAUCUUGCUGCUGAGCUAUGCCUUGAUAGAGCUGUUGUUCUUGAAUUACUUCGCAAUCCUCCGCCAAACCUUUUGUUGCUGAGUGAUGCCUUACCCGAUGAACCUGUCCCCAGAAUGAUAGAGCCUGAAAGCAAACCCCAGGAGACUGUUUCCAUAGAGAUAAGUGAUGUUGCAAGGCCUGUGGCUAAGGUGGAAACGCCAGUCCAUGUGAUGCAAAGUAGUUGGUCUGCUCAAAAGAGGAUAAAGAAAGUCCAACUAGAAACCCUUGAACAAGUUUACAGACGAUCAAAGCGGCCCACUAAUGCCAUGAUUAGCAGCAUCGUGCAUGUGACAAAUCUGCCCCGGAAAAGAGUUCUGAAAUGGUUCGAAGACAGACGGUCUGAAGAAGGGGUUCCUGAUCAUCGACGUCCAUACCAACCAUCGUCUAAAUCUUAAUAGUUCUAUCCUUGUAAGUACCAGCUAAAAUAACUAAUUUUUGUGUGUUAAACUGGUUUCUCGUGCUAUCAGAUACUAGAAUUAUUUCAUGCCAACCAUCAGCUUCCUUUUGGUAUUUAUUUCUCAGUGCAGCUAUAACAACAGGAGCAAAUAAUACCCUCUGUAAAGCAAAGAUGGCUACAAACAAAAAAGAAGUGAACAACUUUAGUUUCUAAGUUGUGUUGAAUUAACUCUAUCCUGAUCAUAUAAUUCUUAGUAGCAGUUGCAAGUUCUUAA